GAUUCGCCAAUGGUGACUGUAGCUCACAGCAUGAAGGAAUCCCUAAACUUAACUUCAAAGCAUUAACAAUUGGCAUAGUGGCAAAUACUUUACUCUUUUCUAUUGACAAAACUCUACUGUUUGCUCCAUUUUGCUUUAGUAGCCAAAUAAUGCAAGUGCUUCUCUCUCUCUCCUCUCUUCACUUUUAGCAGCUCAAAACCACCGCCGCAGCCACCCUUCCUCCGCCGCGCGCUCAGCCACCCCCAUCCAACAACACUUUUUCUUCUGGGUUAGACUUGAAGAUCAGUGUAUUUCUCUGAAAAUCCCCAAUUUUUAUAAAUUGGAAGUCAGCACUCCAAAAUGUCUGAUGCUAAAGAAGUAGACUUCUCACUGAAAGUGAUGAUAGAUAAAGAGAAAACUAAGGUACUCUUUGCAGAAGUUGAUAGCCAUUUUGCAGACAUUUUGUUAAGCUUCUUGACAUUGCCGCUGGGAAGAAUUAUGAGAAUCCUCGAGAAGCACUAUGGAGACGAAGCACCUACCAUUGGAAGCUUAAACACUUUGUACCAUAGCUUAGCCAAUCUUGAUGAUGCCCAUUUCUGGACAGAUGGUGCUAAGCAGACUUUCCUCAAUCCAGCAAGUUUGUUCGAAGCAGAAUAUGAAAGGCUUAAACUCGACAUUGCAGAUUAUCAGCCUGCUCGAUAUUUUGUUUGUACAUAUUGUGGUCAAAGAUUUCGUAGUGUAAGCAUGUACUACGAUAGUAUCCAAAGUUGCAAAAAAUGCGGUCAUAAUUCGAUGCAUGAAGCAGUAGCUAAAAAAGGGCCUCAAGCUGCUUCUAGAGAUGGAGUUUUCACCAUACAUACGAAAUCUUUCAUAAUCUCUGAUGAUCUGCAGAUACUGCCAAAUGAGACAGGAAUCUUAGGAAUCUUUAGAAUUCUUGGCAUUUCAGACAUGGAUAAGGCCGAGCCAAUCAAUGUGACUUUUGGAUUCAGUGAGAUUAUGAGUUUGUUGAAGGGAUGCUUUAUCUCCCAAACUCCAUUCUCGGACCUCAUAUUGAAUAAAACAAGACAAGCGAACUCUGUAACUGUGGAACCUGAAGCCGAGACCUCAUCACUAAACCAGAUUGAGAAUGAACAUAAUCCCGACUCCAAAAAGAUGAUUUUGAAAGUGAUUAUACAAAAAUCUACGGGUAAGUUAUUGUAUGCACAAGCUAAGGAAGAUUUUGUAGAUUUUCUAUGCAGUUUCCUCUUCAUCCCACUAGGAGGAGUUGAGCAUCUUCUAGGCGGUAAGACACCUAUCAAGGCUAUAAACAACUUGUAUCAGAGCACAAGUGACCUUGUAAACGACGAGUAUUUCAAGACCCCAGAUAUGAAAAAUAGGCUGAUCAAACCCAAUUUGAUUCAUGGUUGUACUUCCAAAAACAACAUUCUUCCCCUUGCAGAAGAAUGCUUGCCUGUUGGGUAUGUCUCACGGUUUUCUUGUGUUAAUUUUCCCAAAGGCCAAGGGAGUUAUCUUGAAGGGCCACGAACUUAUAAGGUAACAGAUGAUUUAACUGUGGCACCCUUUUGUAUUGUCUCUAUCGUUUCCGGUCUCAAUAAGCAGAAAAUCCCAAUAUCUGAUGUCAAAGAAGAGGAGCUGCAAAUCGGGCUGAAAGAGGUAAUGUAAUAUGAAAUGUUUGUUGAUUUCCCCCUCGAGUUGAGUAAGACGAUGUUUUUUGUACAUAUGUUUAGAUGUUGAGACGGAUUUUGUUGAGACGGAUUUUGUUGGUGCAGGGUUUGGGCAUACUGAAAGCGUCUCUUACAUCCACUACCGCUCUCACUGAUGCUCUGCUCGAUCAAACUUCGAUCAAACAACUGAAGCAAGAACUCUUAGUUUGAUCACAAGAUUUCAAUCAUUUUACUGCCUAGAUAAGUAAUCUUGUUUGCUUGUAUUUAUAGCUGCAGUUCUUGAUUUAGGACAGGGAAAUCUGUUCACUAUCUGAACUUUAAAUCAUUUUAUUGAGGGUUCUGUUUUUUGUGAUAAA